ACAAGAUCAUGUCGGAGAAGGCGACGUUUCAGGAGGAUGGCGUCACCGCCCAGCAGCUACUCGGAUCCGGCGGCGGGCUCACCUACGACGAUUUCCUCAUCCUUCCCGGUUACAUCGACUUCGACGCGGAAAAUGUCGACCUCACAUCCAAGCUCACCAAAAGGAUCACCCUCGAGGUACCGUUGGUGUCGUCGCCCAUGGACACGGUCACAGAGUCAGAGAUGGCCAUCGCGAUGGCUCUCUGCGGGGGCAUCGGCAUCAUUCACCACAACUGCACUGCAGAGCGCCAAGCCAGCGAGGUGAACAAAGUGAAGAGAUACAAGAACGGCUUCAUCAACGACCCGGUUGUUCUAAGCCCCGACAACUGCGUGUCGGACGUGGUGGACGUGAAGAGGAGGCGCGGUUUCGCCGGCAUUCCCGUCACCGACACCGGGAAGCUCGGUGGCAAGCUGCUCGGCUUGGUCGCCUCCAGGGACAUCGACUUUCUUCCUCCGGAAGACCACAACAAGCGCCUGUCUGAGGUGAUGACGCCGCUAGAGGACCUGGUCGUGGCGCCCUCCGAGAUCACGCUGGCCGAGGCCAACUCGCUGCUGCAAAAGAGCAAGAAAGGCAAGCUUCCUCUGGUGAACCCGCAGGGCGAGUUGGUGUCGCUCAUUUCUCGCGCCGACUUGAAGAAGCGUCGCAGCUACCCGCUGUCCUCCGACGACGAGAACAAGCAGUUGCUGGUGGGGGCAGCCCUGGGCACGCGGGAAGCCGACAAGCAGCGCCUCGAGCUCCUGGUCCAGGCUGGCGUGGACGUCGUCGUGUUGGACUCCUCUCAGGGCAACUCCGUCUACCAGGUCACCAUGGUGAAGUACAUCAAGAACAAACACCCGAGCCUGCAGGUCAUCGGCGGCAACGUCGUCACGUCCGCUCAGGCGAAGAACCUCAUCGACGCCGGUGUGGACGGACUUCGCGUCGGCAUGGGUUCCGGCUCCAUCUGCAUCACCCAGGAGGUGCUCGCGUGCGGAAGGCCGCAAGCGACGGCGGUGUACAAGGUGGCCGAGUACGCGAGGAGGUUCGGGGUGCCCGUGGUGGCGGACGGCGGCGCCUCCUGCGUGGGCCACCUCGUCAAGGCCCUGGCCCUGGGUGCCUCCACCGUCAUGAUGGGCGCCAUGUUGGCGGGCACGACCGAGGCGCCCGGCGAGUACUUCUUCGCCAACGGGGUGCGCCUCAAGAAGUACCGCGGCAUGGGGUCCCUCGACGCGAUGACCAGCAUCGAGGCCAGCGGCAGCCUCAGCCGCUACCACCAGAGCGAACGGGAUGCGGUGCGCGUGGCCCAGGGGGUGACGGGCAACAUUGUGGACAGAGGAUCGGUCCAUCGCUACGUGCCGUACCUCAUCGCGGGCAUCAGGCUGGGCUGCCAAGACAUUGGCGCUCGAAGCCUGGACGUGCUCAGGACGAACAUGUACUCGGGCGACAUCAAGUUUGAGAAGAGAUCGGUGUCGGCUCAGGCCGAAGGUGGAGUGCAUGGCUUGCACUCGUACGUAGGACAAUGAAAGUAAGUGCAGGAAGGAAGGUGUUGAAAAAGAAAGAAAGAAGCGUAUUUGAAUGGGGGGGGGGGAGGGGGGCGUGUACGGACGGUGGGACCUGUAAGACGGUUGACCUAAUAAUGUCGAAGAAGUUAGUAAUAGCUAGGAGGCGUGGUUUGUGCGUUGACUGUGCUGCUUGAGCGGGCGUCAAUCGACCACGUGGAGGGCAUGGACUGUGAACACGCGCCGCAGGUGCCGACUAUAGAGGAAAGCAAAGAAAAAGCAAUUGUGGAUAAGCAGAGUGAGAAAGAAGUCGGCCUGGUUUAAACCGCCGUUGGGAUCUGUGGAUCAAGCGAAAGACCGGCGAUCAGCGUCACAGACGCGAAUGGGAGAAACCGGUCACACGGUAGCCUAACCGCAGCAAGGGAACGAGUGUAACCAGGAGGUAGAGCAUUGAAACAAUAGUGCGAAAGUCACAAACGGAGGAAGCCUUAAUUAGAAGAACAGGAAAGGGACAGCACUGAGGAAGAAUGCGGAGGAGGACGAAAUAUUGUACGCAGUAUGCGCUCUUCGAUUCAAGGUGGUUUUGUUCGUUUUGUUCGUCUUCGUCUGAUGUCUGUUCUUCGAUCGUUCGUUUGCCUUUAGGAUGAUGAUGAUUCAGUAAUUGCCGUGAAAAUUUAGUAUAUCUUUUUACAUUUCGUUUUGCACGAGCUUUCGUUUAGGCUGUAUGACUCUUGCUUGACCCCGUUGUUCGCGGUGAUACAAGUUCGCGUAAUUGUAUAAACACUGGACUUCGUCAGUGCGUCACAAUGUCUUAGGCGUUGUGAUUAAACGCCCUCACGUGCAAGUCUCGCCUCUGGCGUCAAA